AUGAGGCAUGGCUCUGACGAUAAAUUGGAUGAUGAUGGUCUUGCACCUCCUGUUCUGCUGACAACUAAUGCUGAUGGGUUGCGAUUUGUGAAAGUAAGAGUAAGAUCCGUUCGGAUUCCCCAGAUUGGAGACAAGUUUAGCAGUCGGCAUGGUCAAAAGGGGACAGUUGGCAUGACUUACAACCAGGAAGACAUGCCUUGGACUGUGGAAGGCAUCUCACCUGAUAUCAUUGUGAACCCACAUGCUAUUCCUUCCCGAAUGACAAUCGGUCAGCUUAUCGAGUGUAUCAUGGGGAAAGUUGCAGCUCACAUGGGCAAGGAAGGGGAUGCUACUCCGUUUACAGAUGUCACUGUGGACAAUAUCAGCAGAUCACUUCAUAAAUGUGGGUAUCAAAUGCGUGACUGA